AUGCCAACAUUUCACCACUGGUCCAACAUAUGGAGUCCUGUCGGGCCAUUCCACACCGUCGAUCUUGAAUGGACGAUUGUAACGUUGCCUGCUGGUUUCUCUUAUUAUUGGGAAGAUCACCAUCACCCCGUCCACCCUCUGCACUCCGAAACGCGUUCUUUCCAGACGCCUCAACAGGGAUCGAUCCAGACUCUUUCUCCGACAACGGCUCAGACGACAACGACGACCGAGGGAAAUGGCAGCAACCUUCCCCAUCGCCCGCCUCAUACGUCUCCCGCCCUCGCGGCCAGCUUCAAAGACCCUCCGACGCCAGCUCAGCAAAUUAUAUUGAACGCAAAGGCGAGGAAUAAGGAUAAGAAGACCGCGAAAGGAAAGGAGAAGGAGUGGCCUGCAAACGCCCAAGGCAAACUCACCGAUCCAGCCUUCGUGGACCUACACAUUCCAACACACCCAUCGAACGCGUCUGGGUACCCUCCUCCCCGUCCGAGUCUCUCGAAAAUGACACCCAACUUAACGCCGUCUCCCAUGUGUACAACCGACACCCUGUCUUCUUCCCCUUCUCGCGAGGCUCCACCUCUGUAUGCACAGUUCACAUCCCAAGGAACGCUAGACGUACCAGGAACACUGCUCAUGGUAGCCAAACGCUUCGAGAAGCUCAAAAAAUGGACCGUGGGCCACGUGGGUGAACGAUGUAAAGAAGUGUCCGCCUCUGUAUCGGGGUCGGUAGCCUCCAUCGUCACGCCUCCGACGUCUUCCAUCGUAACCCACUUGACAGGAUCACUGUCAGGACCCAGCAUGCCCAUCCACCAUCGCAGGUUAUCAAGUACCACUGCGACGAGCCCUCCGAUGACUUCGAAGAAGAGAGAGUCGGGCACGAGGUUACCGUACCAUGCGGGAGAUUAUUCUUCUCCGCCAGACACGCUCUCUCCUGGUAAUUCUCCACCUUCGUCAAUUAGUUCCGCCAUGAGGCCGUUGUCUACGGCCAUUUCGGGGCUACCCCUCCAUACAUCCUCAGGACUGGGUACACUACCAGGUUCUUCGUAUUCCACCACCUCACUUUCCUCCCUGGCUUCGGCCCAACACCCCCACCAGCAAAAGGACGAGGAACAUAACAACGAUUGCCUCCCCCCGAAAUCGGCUGCUGGUAAACGACAAACGAGUGUAAGCCCCACGCCGAGGAAACGGUACACCGUUGCGCUUGGGGGGUCGAUAACCGCGCCGCCUGAUGAGGAUGAGUUUUCCUCGAACGCUGCUUCCUUGUUCUGUACCACCGCCGCCAACACCGCCGCCAAUACCAAUGCCAAUAUUCAUACCCAUACGGAUCCACCUGCUACUGCUCCUUUGUUGAGAAGGGUAGGCACACCGCGGUGGUACUCCCGGGACGAUGACGACGACAAGAAGGAGGAGGAAGGAGCAGGUGAAUUCGGAGAGGGUGAAGAAACAAUCGGCAAAUCUUCCGGCAUCAAGCUCAAGAACGCGAAUGGGAGUCUGUCUUCCACCACCUCAAACUCGAUAUCGCCUGGUGGACCUGGGGGUGGCGAUUACAAGUCCACAGCCACGACCUCCCCAUCGCCAUCCACUCGUCGGAUCAGGGCACAGAGCGCGUACGGGUACGCUAGCCUCCUCCCUCCCCAGACUCCAUUACAGACUCCUACCAUGGGGACCACCGCGCCGCUAAAGCCGAAGUUGAGGUCCCGCUCUUCUGAGCGGCUUUCCUCUGGUACCAGCUCCAUUGGGACGGGAGACGGAAUGAUAAGUGGUGGUCUUGGAGGAGGGGGGGACCAAGUUCGUGGACCCGUUGUUGUUGAGGAGGCACCAGCAAAGUCAAGAGGGGUUACAGGUGAAGAUGCCAAUGCCAAAACCUGUGGGGAAGGUCCUGAUUGGGCAGUUGGUUGUGUUUCUUGA